GAAGGCCAUUGGUCGGAGUCUGGAUCAAUCACACGAUAAUCUGGUUCAGGGUAGGUUGGUACAGGCGCCAGCGCUGAAGAAAGAGCUCUACGUUUUAAACGCCCAGGGAGGAUUCCGCAAUUACCGCGUUUCGCUUUUCCCCCUUCUUCUUCCUCCCCGUGCCUGGACAAUAUGACGUUGUCAUGAGGAAUGCAGUAGUUUACCUGCAAUCGUGGACAGCCUGGACAUAAACAUCCACUAAGCACUUUUGCCACAGAGUGGCAUCGACUUCGCUUUCUCCCGAUUUGAAAUUCUGCGAUGCGGUUUGGAAUUUUUCCUUUUUUCUAAUAGCAGCCAGAUCCUCGUUCGCUAAACAGUGGAUGUUUUUAGAGUGCUUCUGAGUAUGUAGAGUGCACAUUGCUAAGUUAAAAAAAUACAUAUACUUUUACCAUUUGGCCCUGUGCUUCUGCUGGUGGGGAGAGCAUCAUCAGCCAAAGGUUUCUAUCUACUUCGAAGACUUUGUUGUGGCUUUUGGACAGCGCGCAGACAUGGGAUUGCCUGCUCUGGAGUUCAGCGACUGCUAUCUGGACAGUCCACAGUUCCGAGACAGGCUUAAGUCUCACGAACUGGAACUGGACAAGACCAAUAAGUUUAUCAAGGAGCUGAUCAAGGAUGGAAAGGCGUUAAUCCAGGCACUGAAAAAUCUGUCCACGGCCAAGAGGAAAUUCGCAGAGUCUCUCAAUGAGUUCAAGUUCCAGUGCAUUGGAGACGCUGAGACGGAUGAUGAAAUCUGUAUUGCCAAGUCGUUACAGGAGUUUGCUGGAGUGUUACAAAACCUGGAAGAUGAAAGGACUCGCAUGAUUGAGAACGCCAGUGAUGUGCUGAUCAUGCCACUGGAGAGGUUCCGCAAGGAGCAGAUCAGUGCUGCUAAGGAGGCCAAGAAGAAGUAUGACAAAGAGACAGAGAAGUACUGUGCUGUGCUGGAGAAGCACCUCAGCCUGUCGGCUAAGAAGAAGGAGGCCCACCUGCAUGAGGCGGAUAACCAGGUGGACCAUGUGAGGCAGCACUUCUAUGAGGUGUCUCUGGAGUACGUGUUCAAGGUACAAGAGGUGCAGGAACGGAAGAUGUUUGAGUUUGUGGAACCGUUGCUGGCGUUCCUCCAGGGCCUCUUCACUUAUUACCACCAUGGCUAUGAGCUGGCCAAAGACUUCAACCACUUCAAAACCAACCUGACCAUCAGCAUCCAGAAUACGCGGAACCGAUUCGAGAGCACGCGUUCUGAGGUGGAGGGCUUGAUGAGGAAGAUGAAGGAGAACCCGCACGAGCACAAGAGCAUCAGUCAGCACACCAUGGAGGGCUACCUAUUCGUGCAGGAGAAACGCUCGUUCGUGUCCACCUGGGUGAAGUACUACUGCACGUACCACCGUGAGCCCAAGCGUAUAACUAUGGUGUUAUUUGACCAAAAGUCUGGUGGGAAAAUAGGAGAGGAGGAGAGUUUCGUCCUGAAGUCGUGCAUACGGAGGAAAACAGACUCCAUUGAGAAGCGCUUCUGUUUUGACGUGGAGGCUGUCGACCGGCCUGGUGUGAUCACCAUGCAGGCUCUUUCAGAGGAAGAUCGCAGGUUAUGGAUGGAGGCCAUGGAUGGUCGAGAACCAGUGUACAACAUGAAUAAGGACAGUCAAAAUGAAGCCAUGGCUCAGUUGGAUGUCACCGGUUUCAACGUGGUGAAGAAGUUCAUCUAUGCGGUUGAAACCAGAGGCAUUGAGGACCAGGGCCUGUACCGGAUCGUGGGUGUGAACUCCCGAGUGCAAAAGCUGCUGGGUCUCGCCAUGGAUCCUAAAACAUGUGCUGAUGUAGAACUGGACAGCACAGAGUGGGAGAUCAAGACCAUUACCAGCGCCAUCAAGCAUUACCUCAGGGUGCUACCUGCACCCCUCAUGACCUAUCAGUACCAGAGGAGCUUCAUCAAAGCUGCCAAGCUGGACAACCCGGAGGCGCGCGUGGCCGAGAUCCACAGCCUGGUCCAUCGGCUGCCUGAGAAGAAUCGGCAGAUGCUCGAGCUGCUUAUGAAACAUUUGGCAAACGUGGCCAAUCAUCACCAGCAGAACCUGAUGACAGUGGCCAAUCUGGGCGUGGUGUUUGGCCCCACUCUGCUCCGCCCCCAGGAAGAGACGGUGGCGGCCAUCAUGGACAUCAAGUUCCAGAAUAUCGUGGUGGAGAUUCUCAUCGAGAACCAUGAGAAGAUCUUCAGAGAGUCGCCGGCCGGUGGAGGAGGAGGUUCGGCCAACAGCAACGACCUCGCCGUGAGGAGGCGCAGCACGGAGAGCAAAGCGCCGUCCUGCAGCGAGAGGCCACUCACGCUGUUCCACACACCCAGCAACGCGCAGGAGAGAGCAGAGAAGAGAUCAAGUGUGGUGCUCAACUCGGACACCCUCAGCACCCCUCCGUUGGCCAACUGCAACAGCUCUCACCCCGGGUCCCUCACCAUCGCUCACCCGAGCUCGCACGCGGCCACACACACGCCCGUCUGGACCCGCCUCAACAGCCUCCCCACAGGAGACAUGGACCUCGACGGUGUCCUGCUGAUGAGACAGAACCGGCCCAACUCGCUGUUUAAUUCCAAGAGCCGUUCAAGUGUUCCAACAAGUCCGGUAUCUCCUAGCCCCACCUCUCCUCGCUCUCCCUCCUGGCCGAUGUUCUCUGCCCCUUCCAGUCCUCAGCCCGCCUCCUCAUCUGCAGACUCUUCCCCUCUCAGCGUACAGCGAAAGGCACGAGCCCUCUACGCGUGCAAGGCAGAGCAUGAUUCAGAACUCUCCUUCAUCGCAGGGACCAUUUUUGAGAAUGUCCAUCGUUCACGGGAGCCCGGCUGGCUCGAGGGGACGCUGGACGGACGGACGGGGCUGAUCCCGGAGAACUACGUGGAGUUCCUGUAGCCAUGGAAACCAAGAGGAUGGCAUUGCACUGCACGCCCCCACAGCGUAGGCUGGAGAGGAUCCAUCCUGCCCCCCCCCCCAUCCUCUCCGCCCACAUCUCUUGCAUUGGAGGUUUAUCGAGGACUUCUAUGUGUGUGUGUGUGUGUGUGUGUGUGUUUAGGGGUAAGCAGGGGAAGGGUGGAGAGAGAGAGAGAGAGAUUGUGUGUGUGUGUGUGUGUGUGUGCGUGAUUAUGUAUUUGUAAGGGAGAUUUGGGUAGUUUGAUAGUAUCACAUUAUGGCUUCAUCAUUCCACCUCUUUUUCUUUUUCUUCCAAAAUGCACUGCCGUUGCUUUGAGCAUUGUUGACAUAUUUUUACGACCACUUAAAAAGGGAAAAGGAAGAAUAGUUUUGGGACCAAAAGUUGCGGCUGUUCUCUCCUUUGGUAUACAACUUUUGGAGUACUGAAUAAUCUCCAGGCAAAGCCUCUAGACAUACGAUGGCACAAAUGGCGUUUUCACAGAGAGGGGUUGUUUUUUCCACGUGGGCACUGACGUGCUUGGGAUUUUCCCCCCGGACGAGACGGUGCACGCCAGCUGUUCUUUCAGUGCACAGAACUGCUCUUCAUCUCUCUCUCUCUCUCUCUCUUUUUACUCAGAACUACUGAGGUAAAUCUCUGUGAGUACAUUCAAUCCUGGAAAAAAGGGUGGUGGACCAAUUCUGGACAUGUGUUUUUUUUUUAUAUAUUAUUGGGAGCGCAUUUCAAUGAAUAUUAAGUGUUUUUGCUUUCUCAUAAACAGGAAUAUCAAAAGGGGAAAUUUGUGAAACAAACAAACAUGUUUAAUGUGAAUCAACUUCUUUGGUUGUACUGAAGAAGUCACCUAUUUAUAAUCCUCUCUGAAGCGAGACCCUGCUCCUUGCCCUUUUUCGGAGUGUAUUAACCUUGUAAAUAACAUUUGAUAAGGUAUAAUUUUUUAAGUAUAAAAAUUUAUAUUUUGUAUUGUAGCAUACUAACUUAAUUUUUUUAGCAUUCAAGUUGCUUCCUCAUCUUCUGUCCUUUUUGAGCCUUAAUACUUUUAGAUCAGAUGAUAUCUGUACAGGAAUUGUGAGCCAGACGGGCAGUUUGUUUCCCAUUAAAAUCAGAGAGGUUUAA